AUGACCACUCCAGUGGCUACAACCCUGCACCAAAUACUGCUCUCCUUUUCCAGUUUGGCCAUACCCGAGCCCACCCGCAGCAAUUCUUGGGGGUUCAUUCAUCACCUGUUGGUUUGCUUGCUUCCCAUCUAUGAUGUCCUUUUGGGGCGCACCCCUAUUCUCCCUCCUCCCACUUCUUCUAUCAAGUCGCCAUUGUCAUUUUUAGUGCGCUGGCAUUGUAUCACGGUAGCCUUUUAUGUGUUGUUUUCCGUCACCAUUGCGACACCGGUUUCCUUUGUGACUGGCGUCAACUGGGGAUGGACACUGGGCUUUUCUUCUUCGUCUCACGACAAGGUAUUCAAGCUGUUGCAUUUGGAUGGACCCAACUACCGCCUCGUUUGGUUUCUCUAUGUGAACAUCCUCUUUGCUGUGAUCCGGUUGCUGCAUCUGGGCAACGAUUGGUUCUUCCGAAAGGCUGGCUGGAGUCCCUACUCCCUAUGGAUUCCAAACAACAAACGCAAAACCCAAUAA